AGCUUGUCUGCCCUCCUCCGGGUGCUGGCUCGGUCCGUUGCCCCAGUCCACCGACUCGGUCUACUGACUCAUCGUCCCGACUCUGGCCAUUACCGUCCCUCGCUUUCGUCGUCUUGAUCUCCGCCCGUCCACCCGAGCCGAUAAAACCCCGCUCGCGCCUUGCCCUCGGCCCUCCGAUUCCCCUUUGGCUUUGCUCUGCUCUGAUUUGAUCUGGUCUGAUCUGAUCUCGCCAUCCAGUCGUCCCAAAGCCUCCGGAGUGCUACUUGGCGGGUCGCACACUUCUCAACUCGACCCAAUCCAAACGUCUCGACAGCCGCUCUCUGAUCCCACGCGUUCGAAUGCUCCUCUGAUCGACCCAACAACGCCUCGACAACGUCCUGCUCGGCCUACAAUCACCAUAGUCACAUCUAUGCCGUCCAACCAGGUUGCCAGCCACUGCCCCGACAUGGAUAGCACUCCCUCUCGGGCCUCGUCCUCUGGUACCGCGGCCGACGAUGAUCAACCCGCGCAUCGACACACUCCAUUUUUCAUGACCGGCCGUUUUGCAGACGCCAGCCUCUUUGUCCAGUCCACAAGCACCAGCGGUUCUGCCCAUGCCGCAUCCCGCGGCUUCCAUGUCCCUGUCCACCGGGUUCUGCUGGCCGCCCAGUCGCCAUACUUUGACCGCCUUUUCGACACUCCUCCCGUCGCAACCGACGCAUCCCCAUCGGCGUCAUCCAACUCCUCCGCCAAACCCUUGGACUCCCUUCCCGAGUCUCCGCACGGCCUCCCCACCUGGACUCUGGCCCUGGACGACCACAGCGGUCUGCGCCAUGUCCUCGAGUUCAUCUACUUUGACAAGCUGUCCUUUGCCAGCCCGCUGAAGGAGGCAUGGUCGGUCCUGCACCUGGCGCGCCUGUUCGAGUGCCCGCCCCUUUAUGAAUCGGCCCAGGAUCUCGUGCACUCGGCCCUCAACAACUUUGCUCGCCCAUCCGCUCAAGAUCUGCGUGACGCUUUGGUGGGAGCCCUUCGAUCCGAGAUCCACAAAAAGAUCAUCGAGCAGAUUCUGGUCAUCAUGGUCAGUUUGGAUCCACCAGCCUUGUCGGCGCGGCUGCCAUUCCGCAAGUACUUUUAUCUGCGAGAGGCCCUUCGCACCCUCGAGGCCACGAUCGAGGAGCGCACCCGCUGGUUCGUGGAGCUGGUUGCCUUUGACAAGUUCUCGGAGGACGAGCUCGAACAAGCUUGUGAUGAUGAGUACCUCCCGCGCGAGCUGAUCGCCAAUGCUCUCCGAGAAUAUUGGAGAAAGUCUGACUCGGGCUUCCGCAGCAGCCGAGCGCUGCUCCACAAGCCACCAUCAGUCCCCGAGGAUUCAGGCUGCGAUAUCCUGGGCGACCAUGAAUGGACUCAGUGGUCGCAGCCCGCCAGGCAAGGCUGGUCGUCGCCUCCCAACGCCCAGCCCAAUGGUCUGUCGUCGUCCCAGCAACCCGUCCGUCCUGACGAGACUCUUUCGGCGCUGCCCGGUCGUCUUGCCCAACCGGAGCUUACCACCAGCCGAGACACCUUCGUGACGGCCUCGGAAGAGCCCGCUCGGGCAGACGAGGACUACAUCCUGCCAGAGCCCAAGCGUAUCGUCGACAGCGUUCGGAUCGUCAAGGCCAGAAAGGGCGUGCUCGUGCCGAGUACCGGCCGCCGCAAGGGCACGGCCAACCGGGUGACUUGGGCCAAGUCGCCCACAAGAACCAAGCGGCGCGACGUCCGAGAGGCAUUUGCAUCGCUGGAGGACGAACAGGGUCACAGCGCCGAUAAGCAGAAGCAGAAGCAGACUUUCGUCCAAGGCCGAGACUCUAAUAAGGAGCUGGAGCACCGCCGCCGCGACAGCAGCGACGACGAGCACCUGGUCCCUGACGAGCACAUCGCGCAUGAUGAUGAUGACGAUGACGACGACGACGAAAGCGACCAUGAGGAGCAUGGCAGCGGCGCCAACGAUGAUCAUAGCCUCAGUCAGCACGAAGAGCAUCCAGAUGAUCGAUAUGGAUUUGGCUCUCGCCAUGCCAGAGUCCAAAGCAGCUUCAACCCGAAUGGAGACUACCAAGCAAAGCAAGACCGCAUGCAGGCAAAUGAUGAUGACGCCGGCGAUGACGAUGACGAUGAAGCCAACUCUGUUCAUAUCGCUAUCAACUCUCGAUCCAGCCCGCGCGUUGGGCGAGGGCCCAAGGCCAGCUUGCACCUUGUGGCAGCUCCCAAGGACGCUGAGCAGAGUGAGGAGGCCCAAGAAGACGUUAUCUUUCAUGUUCGCAGCAAGAGCGAUCCACUCUUCCGGUCGGCAACAGGUCGUCAAGCGAUUCGACAACGAGGUCGUCUGAAUAAUCUCGGGGAAGAGUUGAGGGAAACCAGAACAACGCAUGGUGCCGGCAGCGACAGCGACGAUUACAAAGUUGUCUCCAUCAAGCACAGGUAUAUGGGCAUUGACGACAACAUUCAUGACAACGACGACAAUGACGACAACGGCGACAUGCAGACCGAGCUUUAUCACCCGUCGUCCAAGCUGCCCAUCCGAGGCGUCGAUAUGUAUUUGGACGACACACCUAUUAAGGAACCGCUGAGCUUUGUCGAGGCCCAAGUCCUCCGGAUCGAGGGCCGCGCGAUCCCAACACGCAAGAUUCCAACACCGGAGCUCAUGCUGAAUGUUGCCCGGCGUCUAUCGAUUGUCCAACAGGAGGCCACAGACACCAGCGAAACACCAAGUUUCUCGGAUGCCGAGGGAACGACAAACUCUGUGUUUGCCCCAGGAUACACUCUGGUCAGGCCUGGAGCUAAUGCAACCUCGUUAGAAAAGCUAUCGGCCUCCCAGACUGCGACACCCACGAGCAAACUCGGACACAACUACAUCGUUGGCGAGGACGGAGUGACUGUCCAUAGAGUCGACUCUGUGGUCGCCAAGGGCCAUGUGGGCAGCAAGGGAUCCAAGGCCUCGUCGCAAACGACUCGCUCGUCGCUGGCCGAACAGGAAGGAUCGGCAACCGGCAGCGCAAGUCCCGGGCAGAACACUAGCCACACACCCGAGAAGCAGACCUACAGCCUGCUGGAGCGGAUUCAGUUGGCCAUGGCCGAGGACUCUGCUGGAUCGUCCGGCAGCUCUGCUGUCCUUCAAGCGCCUUCGAGCCAGGCACAGAGCCACGGCGCUCGGGUGCGUCAGAACUUGUCUGGUACCGGAAGCCGCCCCAGCGACAGCUCCGAAACCCACCCGACAAGCACCGCCGAGAGUGAGAAUCUGCCGAGCCGGACCCGCGGCGUUGAGACCACCGCUCUUGGGGCCAGCAGAUUCACCCGAUACACCGACACACCCGAGGGAAUGAAGUCCAUGGGCCCGCGGUCUGCUCCCUUCCUGCAGUACUCUCCACAAGGGUCGGACACUCGUCUGGGCUCUCGAGGUCGGAGCGACGCCGAGGUCGGAGCGACUGUCCCAACCACAGGGCUUCCUGACCCAAACCGGUCUCUGCGGAGGCCGCGCAGCGGCACAGGCUCCAUCCGACCGUUUUCAAUCGCCGAGGACCUGACCGAUGUGCGUCUCUGGCAGAACGUUGGCAGUUCGAUUGCAACUUCGACCGUUCGCGGCGCCCAGCGGCUCCGAAAGGGCACCAAGAGGAUGGAGAAGUGGGUCAAGUCACUGAUCGAGCCAGACCAAGAGAAUGAUGCGGGAAGGUGAAAACUCGGCCCCGCGAGGCCCGCCGGCCCAGAACUCCCCUCCCUCUCCAAGACACACGAUCCGGCGUAUCCAUGACGUUUUCUCUGCCUUCCAAACAUAUCCGACCAUGGCGCCCGAUUCUGCCGCCAAAUGCACCUCGGCUUGCUGCUGCCCUGCGCAAUCGAGUGCACCUCCUCUAUCAAGUCCCAUCCACCAUGUCAGGUUUACCAAGCCCAAUAUCCUGGGCACAGAUUACUGCGUUCAAUAUAUCUUGUUUGUUUUACUGGA